UCUAUUUAUGAAUGGGAUUUCCCCAGUCAACAACUCAUCAUUCGGAGAUAGAUAAAUAUGUGAACACAAACAAUGACAGUCACCUCCCAAUAUUUGUUAACAUUCACUAUCUGUUUUGUACUGAUAGGACUGUCAAAUGGAGAGAUACAUCGAGCUAAAAGUCCACAUAUCAAAUCUACCGGUAGAAACACGAGGACAACAUCUGCUGAAUCAAACGUGGCACAGAAUUUCGAGGAAAGAUCAAACAGUAACAGCAACAUUAUGGAUGGGGAGAGAAAUAUGUACGAAGUCUGGAUAUAUUCAGUGUGUGGUUCGAUAGCCGUUGGUCUCAGUGGCAUUUUCCCUCUGUUGAUUAUCCCGAUUGAAGCUGGACCUGCAUUGAAGCACGGAGCUGCAGCAAACAAAUUGAAGCUAUUAUUAAGCUUUGCUGUUGGUGGACUGCUGGGAGAUGUCUUUCUUCAUCUUUUACCUGAAGCGUGGGAAUCUUUAGAUAAAAAUAGCCAUGACCAUGGAGGUCACCUGUCAGUUGGACUGUGGGUAUUAGCUGGAAUACUUACAUUUUUAGUUCUAGAAAAGGCUUUUGCAAAAGAAGGAGAGUUUGAUCAUUUAGGGGAUGAAUGUGAAGAGGAAAAAGUAGCUGCAGAGAAACAAAAUAAAAAUAAAAAUACAAAACAUAAAAAUUUACGUAACAGAGAUAAACAUAAAUCCAAUAAAACUACAGAAAAUGGAAGUGUUCAGGAGAAUGGUAAAUCUGUACCGCAGUCAAAAAAUAUAAAGAAAAAGACUGGUACAGCUGAACAGCAGUAUAAACAGCAUCAAAAUGGUGGACAUGUGCAGCUGUCAAAAGAUGCUGAAGAACCACAGAACAUAAAAAUAAGUGGUUAUUUAAACCUUUUUGCCAAUGUGAUAGAUAAUUUUACUCAUGGUCUAGCUGUAGGUGGUAGUUUUAUAGUUAGUAAUAAGGUUGGAUUUAUAACACUUUUAGCAAUUUUACUUCAUGAAAUACCACACGAAGUUGGAGAUUUUGCAAUAUUACUGAGGUCAGGAUUUGACAGAUGGAAGGCUGCAAAAGCUCAGUUGUUAACGGCAACAGGUGCAUUAGUUGGUGCUAUGACAGCAUUACUUGCUGACUCCGCAAAAGCUGCUGGAGACAGUACAGCCUGGAUCCUGCCCUUCACCUCUGGUGGCUUCAUUUAUAUAGCAUUAGUAACAGUUGUACCAGAUUUAUUACAGGAAACACAUGCAAAAGAAUCAGUCAAACAGCUGAUGUGUUUGUGUGCUGGUAUAUCAUCCAUGUAUUGUGUUAGCAUGAUACAUUGACAGUGUCAUGUUCUGUGAUAAUCUCAAUAUACUGUGCUGGUUGUGUUCAUAGUAUUAUAGUUCUGUUUAUAAACAAGAAUCUUUUGUUUGUGAAGUUCAGCAACUCAUUCCACAAAAAAUCUAACAGAGAAAAAGUACUUGCAAGUCAUUAACAUUUCAGUUUAACUUACGAUCAUUUUUUAUCCUAAGAUUUUUUGUGAAAAGAGCCAUAAAAGAAUUUACGGAAAUGAUAUUUGUAUGAUAGAUCUCCCAACUAUAAACACUAGUGAAUGAUAGUUGAUCUCUCCAUUACAAUCAAAUUCAUACAAGUGUUAGUAUUUUUGCAAUUGGUCAGUUCUGUUUAAAUUUUAUCUACAGCUAUUUUAAUAAAUUUUUGUAUGGAAAAAAUAUAAAUCGAGCAAGUGAGUUGAUAUAGCUUGCAACAGGUGACUUUACUUAAGAUUCACCAGAGAAAUUUUAGUUUCAAUCAUGAAUUUUUUUAAACAGUUCUUCAUAAAAUUAAGAAUAGAAUGGCCCCUUGCAAGAGAUAUUAGAUAACAUUUCUAUGAUUUUAGUUGUAAUCGACUAUGAAAGUAUUUUUUCUUGGGUUCCAAUUUUAUGUUUUGUGGAAAAGUUUGUUUUAGAAUCUUUGCUGUAAAAUGUGGCAAAUAACAAAUGUAUUUUAAAUAUUCACUUCAUUUGGUAUAAAAAAAAAUCAUGAUUUUUAGUAAUUACAAUUAGUCCAUGAAAAUUGGCACCAUACCAAUAAACAGGCUUCCACAGUACUUUUCAUGUGUCUCAUGAUGUUAAAAAGAUUGGUGAAGAUUUGUUCAUGACAAAUAUGCUAUCAGUAACCCUUAUCAAGAUGACUACUUCAAAAUUUGUGCAAAAAGAACCUUUUUUUGGCUAAAGUACGAAGAUUUCUUAAUCCCCAUAAUAAAAACAUUUCAGCAUUAAGCUUUUGAUUUGAAAAUUGAAAUAUUUUUGUAGUAUUAGAUGUGUGAUUUGAUUUUACUCAAGAAAUCCUUGUAAUAUGUAAUCUAAGUAAUUAUUUAGUACCAAUUGGCAUGCCCUCUCUAUGAUAGAUUUAUGUGUCAUGAAAAAAUUAAUAUAAACAGACAUGUGAUUUCUAGAGACAAAACAUUAUAUCCAAAACUGAUAUCUUUUGAAAUCAAAUUUCAUCUGUCAAAACCCUGGUAAAUCUAGGUUACUUUCUAUUAAUAAGCAAUUUGAUUUCGACAGGUAAAAAUUUUGAGGAGCUUCUGUAUGAAGACAAUCAGAAGAAAAUUGUUAACAGAUGAACAAUUCCCUUUAUAAAACUUGCUGCAGUUUGUCAUAUGUAUUUAUUUAUUGAUCAUUAUUUAUCAUUCAUAAUCUUGUUACAUCAUUUCAUAGGUUUACAUUAGAUUACAAUGCAAUUACUUUUUUUCUCAUUUUUUUGUUUAUUUAUAUGAAACAUUAGAUAAUUUAUAGAUAUUUUAUAAUAGGUACAACUUGUUGUAGCCAAACCAAAAAAUUCCUGCUGUAAAAAAUAUAUUUAUUUUCUAUCAGUCGUUAUUUGUUUUGUUUUUUUUAAUAUCUGUUCAUUUUACUAAAGCCUGAUUAUAUAUUGUCCAAGGGAAACCUACACCCAAAAAAAACUGAUAGAAUAGAUCAAAGCUAAUCCUGUUUCUUUUUUUCACUCAAUGUAUUGCACAUUGUAGAAAGAUUAAGCUCAAUUAUAAAUCUUAAGCUAAAUGAAGGUAAUACCAGAUCAAAAGGAACUUAACCAAAACUUGUGCUUAUUGUCAGCUGUGAUUGUAUUGCAUUCUGGGAAAAGGUAGACAAGGACAACAGUAAAUAUCAAAACAGAUCUGAUUCUGUUGGUAAUGAUAUCCAUGCUUGUACUUUUCCUGUCCAAAAUCUUUAUGCUGCAUACAAGUUUUUGUCUAGUUGGUUUUUUUUACUUCCAUUAUUGUCUUAUUCCUUUGAAAAUGUUUAAGCUUGAUUUUUUUUCAUGUGCAAAGUAUGUAAAAAGAAAUAGACUCAAGAUAAACCUACCUCUGCUUUCAUCGGGCAUUUAGGAAUUCAUAUUUUACAUUAAACUUCUUGACUUUUGAAAAUUUUAGUUCAAGUAUCAAGUAUCAAAAGCUAAACUUUUGUGUUGAACCAAUUUUGAGACAACAUUUUUUUUUUUAUAAAAUCCAAGCAGAAAUGCAUUAUUAUAUAUAAAUCGUUAAUAUAUAAACAAAAAUUGUAGUGCAAAUAUGAUAGUAGUGUGUAAUAUGUCUUUUAAUUAAAUAUUUGUCAUGGCUGAAAAGUCAUUAUAAAUUGAAAAUUGUCACAAAAUAUUUUUUAAACUGACUUAAAUCCAUUUAAAUCCAACAAUCAAAAUAGAAAGUAUGUGAUAUUAAGUAAGGACCAAUUUUUCUGUACAUUUUGAUGUAUAUAUAUGUUUGUGUUCAUUAUGAUAUAUCUAUAAUAUCCUAAAAGACUUUUCAGCUGCUGCUUUUGUGAUCAGUUAAUACAUUUAUGAAAUAUUUUCAGUUAAUUUUUAGCCUAUUUGCAAAGUAGUCAAACUCAGCUUAUAAUAUGAUUUAUUUAUUUUCAUAGGUACCAAUUGACCAUGAUUGAACAAUUCUUGGUUCUUGGAUAUUUGAUUUUGUGGUUUUGAAAAAUUCUGUAUAUAUGUGUAAAAGAGGCUUGUAUAUUGUUUAACACUGACAUUUGUAGUUCCCCAUUUCCCACAAAAUCUUAGAAAACUAGUACCUUUGAAUAAUAAUGAAUCUAAAGUAUUUGAAAUUUUGGAUGUUAUCAGUUUUUUAUGGAGAAAUGAUGUAAUACACUUUACAGAGUGUGAAAAUGUACAAGCUUCUUCAAAUGUUUUUUGGCAUGAGUU